UAGCUUGCGUUGCUGUGGUUCAUUGUCACACGCUAUCUUAUAAACUAAUUACUUGCCUGGCUAAUGGCCUCCAGAGUUAAUUGUAACUCAGAAGAAAAGUAGACUGUAGUAUUAAGUGUGUUGUUAAUACAGAAGCAUGUAGAAUAUAAAUAGAAUUAAUGUACAAUGUAGACUUCAAAAAAAGCAGCAAUUUCCUCGUCUUCAAUGGUCUUUAUGAUAGUCGGUAAGAUUUUUUGAAUUUUUUAACAAAGGGAUUUUUAUAGUAAUGUUGUUAAAAUAACUCUUUUUACCCCUAAUUAACACUGAAAAUAUGUUAAGUGGGCUAUAUGUUGGUGUCAGAGAAGAGGGUGAUAAAACAGUUGAAGAAACAAAAGCCUUGGGAGAGGUCAGGAGUUAGUACCUAAGAGCGAGCCUCAUGUUCUCCUUCAUUUCCUGGAAACAAAAGUUUACUAGGGUUUCCUAUUUUGAAUCCUUUCCUAUUUGUAUCUAAGUAACUUUUUUUCUCUUUUCUUAAGUCCUUCCCAGAAGGCACGUCCUUGUAGAGGCAGGAGACAGUGCUGUGUACACACCUUCUCUAAUGCAUGAAGAGCAGGUGGAUGUGCUGGAUCGCCUUGACUUUGUGUUGAGAAACAUUACAGAGCUGCGACAAGAAGUGGAAGAGCUACGAAAAAGCUUGCAGCACUUAGCUGCAGAAAUUGUUGGUGAAGUCAAGUCCCAUCUGGAAGAAACCCAGAGACUAACUCGGCGAAGGCGGUUCCCACCUCCCAGAGAAAGGAGUGAUUCAACAGGGUCCAGUUCAAUUUAUUUCACAGCCAGCUCAGGAGCAGCCAAUACAGAUGAUGGUGAAAGUGAAGGAGGGUACACCACAGCCAAUGCUGAAUCUGACUAUGACCGGGAGUCAGAGCGAGAGAGUGAGGAAGGGGAAGAUGAAGUGAGCUGUGAAACAGUGAGGACUGCACGAAGGGAUUCCCUGGACCUAGUCAAUGAGGAUGAAACGCAUUUAAUCUUAGAUUCUUCGGUAGAGGAAGGAAUGGGUCAGCUACUGCAGCAGGCUGACCAGUUGCAUAAUGGAGAUGAUCAAGAAAAGAGAGAAGGAUUCCAGCUGCUACUUAAUAACAAACUGGUGUAUGCAGACCAGAAAGAUUUUCUUUGGCGCCUGGCCCGAGCACAUAGUGAUAUGUACGAAAUCACAGAAGACAUAGAGGAGAAGAAAUCAUAUGCAUCUGAUGGGAAACAAGAAAUAGAAGCUGCCUUACAGAAAUGGGAUCAAUGUGCUGAGUGUCAUCAGUGGUAUGCCAUUCUUUGUGGACAGUUAUCAGAACAUGAGAGCAUUCAGAAGCGCAUUCAAGUUGGGUAUGUUUUUAAGGAACACAUUGAUAAGGCAAUUUCAUUGAAACCGGAUGAUCCAAAGUCUUACUAUCUUUUGGGCAGGUGGUGUUACCAGGUUUCCCAUCUGGGAUGGCUUGAAAAAAAGACUGCUGCUGCUUUGUUUGAAGCCCCUCCUACAGCCACUGUACAAGAUGCACUGCAAAACUUUUUAAGGGUUGAGGAGCUGAGCCCGGGAUUUUCCAAAGCAGGAAGAGUAUACAUUGCCAAGUGUUACAGGGACCUGGGGAAUAACUCUGCAGCUCUUCUCUGGAUGAAUCUUGCUUCAGAGCUGCCAGUUAAUACUAAGGAGGAUGCCGAAAGCAAGAGAGAACUUGAGGAGAUGCAGUUAAUCUGGGAAGAAUAAGUAUUUAAGAGCUCAUUACAUUUGAUACUACACAGACAGUAAAAUUCCAGUUAAAGGGAUUUCACGAUCCUGACCAAUUUGAUUGCACUUCAUGGAUAAGCCACAAGAGUUUACAAGAGGGAAAAAUGCAUGGCAGUCUCAUCAGCAGUUCCAGGAAAAGAUCUUGAUAGAAUUUAAUCAGAUAAAAUUUUUGAUUGUCUGAUUCCCUUCUUACAGCACUGGAUAUUUUUGAUUUAAGAAUUAGAUUAGCUAAUUGUAUUCAUUAGCUUCUGAUUAUCUUCUACAUGAUUCUGUUUUUCACAUUCAUUUAAUGUAAACUUUGAAAAAAAUUUAUUGCACAAAUUCUGCACACGUAACAAGCUGUCACAAGGAUGCCAUUUGGGAAAUGCAAUUGCUUUUUACAUGCCAACCUGAACUUGAUGGUGAGCUCUCUUAUCUGAUUCCUGAGGGAGUCUUCAGCGAAGAUUUUUUCUGAUUAACUAUUUUGUCUUUUCCUUAAUAUACUAUAUUAAUGUAAUCAAUUGAAAUAACUGAUUACAUGUCAUUUGCAUAGAAUGUUUCAGCGAGAUAAAGUUUAGAGCCAUUGUGAUCAGUGGUCUGUCUACCAUUGUGGGAUUUUUUUGUUUUUUUGUUGUUUUUUUUUUUUAAAUCAGCCUGAUGCACUGAAGGCAGUGGGAUGUUCUUACCUCCCUCAGCAUAUUGACUCGAAUGAGUAGGGACACUCUGAUAAAGAUAACUACCAAAAAAAAAAAAAAAGACUACAAUGCCUUAGAAAAGUGAGUUGUCAGCCCUUUCUUCCUUACUAUGACAAUAUUGAUGAUGGUAUUGAAAACGCGCUCCUGUUGUUCAUUUCCAAGCAUACCUAAUUGCCUGCUGGUUUUCCAUUGAGCAGAAACCAGUGCUGCUCGCUGUAAUGAGUUACUGUCAAGGCAACAAUGAGAGUUCCUUCACAAUAUGAAAUCUAUUUUUAAGAGAAACAUUACUUUCAUUGGAGAAAUAAGUAAUAAGAUUUUAAACUUGAGGACUUCCUCCCAGUGAUGUUACUCUUUUCACUCAAAUGAGCGUGGAAGCUCUGUGUGUUCCUCUGAACUAUGCUGCUAUGGUUUAGAUGUACUAGCUUAGUUUGAAAAGCAGUUAUUUAUCAAUGACAUGUUUGUUACAGGAAAAGAAAUAUUUUGUGGUAGAACUGACAGUUCAAUGUAAUGUUCUUGCUGACUAACACGAUGACACUGGAAAAAAUAAAGCUGACAAUUGAUGUUUGUUCUGACAGGUUCUAGGUAUCAAAACAAAGGUCAGCUGUGCUGUCCACUGAAAAAUAUGUUGAAACAAAAACUGCAUUCAGUAAUUUCCCUAAGCUGCAGCGAGCAGGCAACUUGAUGCUUAUUUUUUAUGAUUUGUUGCAUUUUGUAAUAUUGUAUCAUGUUUAAUUUUGCUAUGAAGUAAAAGAGUAAAGCGUGAGAGUAAAACAUUUCUCAAUUGCCUUUUAAGUUGGUUAUAUGUAUGUAUUAGGAUUAUAGCUCUUCUACUUCAUGCAAAUAAAAUUGAAGGGCAAAUGCGCACCAAAGUCAAGCUCAGAAACUUCUCAUUUUCUAGAAUUGGCACUUUUUAGUUAGGUUUUUGUCCAAAAUAACCCCUUGAAAAUUUUGAGGCUGAACUGUCUUGUGAGAUCCAAGCAAAUGCAGAAUUAGCUUUAUUUGUCUGAAACUAUUAAAAAUUGAUGCCUUAAAUGGAGUGCUGAAUUCCAACAGGCUUAAUGAUCACAAUUUUGGGGGGCAAAGCUCCCUUCCUGAUCAGUGGACACUAGAUCUUAACUGCAGAACUCUUCAAUACUUAAUGUAUGCUGCUCUUUUUAGUUCAUUCAAUGGAAUGAUCAGGCUGUCUGUCUUGCUUGAUAUGAGAACAUUAUAUGAAUCUCUUGUUUUGAGUAUUUCCCAGUGGAUGGCCAUAUGGGUUUUCUGAACACCUGGUCUUUAAAUAUUUGCACAAGAUUUUAAUUUUUCUUUUUGGUUGCUUAAACCAAAAAAAAUCCAGAUGUGAAAUCCACAUUCUCAGCACUGAUUUCCAAAAGAGGACGAUCAGCUACUUGAUCCUUUCACAGAAGGUUUGCAGGUGUUUACCUGGAGAGAACUGAUAACAGCUCACAAAACAAAACAGUUGCUGAAUGAGGGGUUCUUGUGAUACGCUUAAAAGUAGCAGGGUACUCAGGUACCCUUCCCUACCAGCAACUUCUAGGGUGAUAUUAAUAAAUCAUGUUUGCUACUAUGUGUUGUUUAAACAUUGCCUUCUUCUAAAAGUAAAAGGUUUCAGCAUAUGUAAUAGGAGGAGUGGGAAAAGAAAUAUUUACAAUACCAAGGGAUAGUAGCUUUACUUAUUUGCAAACAAGUGCAAGCCUUCAGCCGUUCUUUAACUUGUCAAAACAUUAAACUGUUCUGAGGAGUCUUUCAGUUAUGUAUUUUCUGGUAGUAGUUUUCUCUCUCUGUUUCCAACAACUUAUAUUUUAGUUUGACUUUCAGGUUUUUUUUUUAAUGUCUAUUUAUUUUUUUAAUGUCUCUAAUUAAAAUUAGAGACUGCCAGUCAGCGUAGACGAAGUAGGUUUGAGAAGAGUUGCUGAUUUGUUCUUCCUUUUACUUACUGCUUUGGAUUUUGUAUUGGGUUAGGUUAGAAUUUUUCAUGUGGGUGCAUCCCGCUUAUGUUGUUUAGGAUGAAGGCACUACUCCCGUUAACUUUAGAAGGGGUGUGAAUGAGGAAACAAUGUUAUUAAUUGAUCUCUUGCCAAGGUGACUUAUCAGUCUGAAGCACCUCUCCAAACAAGGAGCCUUUGGUAAAAGUUCACACAAGAAAAAUGCUUUGAGUUACCAGCUAAACAAAGCAUAUUCUGGAAUUAGACCCAAAUUUUGUUUUUCUUGCUGACAGACAAUUAAGUAAGUUUCUUCAUGGGGAGAGAAAGUGUUUGAUGAAACACCUCAAAAGAUUUAUGUAAGGCAUAUGGGACUGUGACCAGAAUCCUUUCUAUCUUUGAGUAAAAGUAUGUGCUUCCAUAGAGGAUAGGGUGAUAAUUAAAUUGUGUUAAUUCUUUUCAGUUGAUGUUACUUCUUAGAUUAUUUUGCAAGGGCACAAACUUCUGUGAAUACUUAAAGGUCUAUGCCAUUUGAUUGCCUACUUCACUUUGUAUUUAAAAAAAAAAAAAAAAAAGACUUCAAUUUUGGGUUAGAA